GAGGAGGGAGCGGCGCAGACAAAGAGCGGCGCCUGGGCGGGCGCAGCGCGGCCGCCGCCCCGGGACCCGCGCCGCUGCCCUCCGGCCUCGGCGGGCGGCCCACGGCUAGAUUUCAUGUGUUCCUUUUAUACAAGUGACGUCCCAGAUUAUGAUUCUCUGCUGAGAUUUGAGUUGGAUUUGAGAAUUUGGAGCACUCCUGUGGCUUUGUAACUUCAAGAGCUGUAAUCAGCUGAAAAAUUCAUCGUUUUGAAGAGUUCUGCGUUUCUCCAGUCACCUCUCGUAACUGUGUGCCAAAGAAGGACUCCAUGAAAGAUGACAGAAGAAGUUAUUGUGAUAGCCAAGUGGGACUACACUGCCCAGCAGGACCAGGAGCUGGACAUCAAGAAGAACGAGCGCCUGUGGUUGCUGGACGACUCCAAGACGUGGUGGCGGGUGAGGAACGCAGCCAACAGAACGGGCUACGUGCCGUCCAACUACGUGGAGCGGAAGAACAGCCUGAAGAAGGGCUCCCUCGUGAAGAACCUGAAGGACACGCUAGGCCUCGGCAAGACGCGCAGGAAGACGAGCGCGCGGGACGCGUCCCCCACGCCCAGCACGGACGCCGAGUACCCCGCCAACGGCAGCGGCGCCGACCGCAUCUACGACCUCAACAUCCCGGCCUUCGUCAAGUUCGCCUACGUGGCGGAGCGGGAGGAUGAGUUGUCCCUGGUGAAGGGGUCGCGCGUCACCGUCAUGGAGAAGUGCAGCGACGGCUGGUGGCGAGGCAGCUACAACGGGCAGAUCGGCUGGUUCCCCUCCAACUACGUCCUGGAGGAGGCGGACGAGGCGGCCGCGGAGUCCCCGAGCUUCCUGAGCCUGCGCAAGGGCGCCUCGCUCAGCAACGGGCAGGGCGGGCGCGUGCUGCACGUGGUGCAGACGCUGUAUCCCUUCAGCUCCGUCACCGAGGAGGAGCUCAACUUCGAGAAGGGAGAGACCAUGGAGGUGAUCGAGAAGCCCGAGAACGACCCCGAGUGGUGGAAGUGCAAAAACGCACGGGGCCAGGUCGGCCUCGUCCCCAAAAACUACGUGAUGGUCCUCAGUGACGGGCCGGCCCUGCACCCUUCCCACGUCCCGCAGAUAAGCUACACCGGGCCCUCAUCCAGCGGGCGCUUCGCGGGCAGAGAGUGGUACUACGGGAACGUGACGCGGCACCAGGCCGAGUGCGCCCUCAACGAGCGGGGCGUCGAGGGCGACUUCCUCAUUAGGGACAGCGAGUCCUCGCCCAGUGACUUCUCCGUGUCUCUGAAAGCAUCAGGGAAGAACAAACAUUUCAAGGUGCAGCUCGUGGACAAUGUCUACUGCAUUGGGCAGCGACGAUUCCACACCAUGGACGAGCUGGUGGAACACUACAAAAAGGCGCCCAUCUUCACCAGCGAGCAUGGGGAGAAGCUCUACCUCGUCAGAGCCCUGCAGUGACGUCGGUGCCCGCGGCCCUGCAGCCCACCAGCUCCAGGCUUCGGUGCCACUCACCUCCCCAGAGCCCAGCAGUCAGGUCUCCCAGGAGCGCCACCCACCCAGCUCUGCACAGAGGCUCUGCCCUGCCAGUGGGUCAUCCUGGUCGGCCCCCUCUGCCUAGUCUUUCUGUUUGGGUCGGUUGGUUAGUUGGUUUCCCGUUGCCAUCCAGGCCCUCACGCCCCUGCUCCAGCCACCCCGCAUCCCAGCCAGUUUUAGAGAAGCGGAGGGGACGGGGGUGAGCUUGUUCACUUUAUUCCUUUUCAAUUGGCAGUAGUGCUAGUCUGUUCAAAUUGUUCAUGCUAACAGAACCCCUCGUUAAAAAGACAUUGGGCGCAGUGGGAACCCACCGAAGCCGCACUUAGCAAGGGAGUGAGCCACAGUACCCUCUGAGGGUGGUGUCCCAAGCUCGGGGCUCUCUGCAUGCCAGGCAGCAGGUGCGAAGGCUCCCCGGUCCUAGCAACCCUUGUUCUGUGCCCUGUGCCCUUACGUGGCUCCCAGACUCUGCAGGGAGCAAACGCGUUUGCUGAUAGCAAUACUGGAACCACCGGGUGAGACGGCGGCGAGGAAGCUGUCCAGUGCCUUUGGGGCUGUGCUUGCAAUAAAGAAAGAAUUUCCCUGAAAGUCAGUCUGCGGAAGAGGAAACCAGUGACUCAGAAAGACAGAUGUUUUCGUAAUUUACCCUCAUAUGUGCCAUCCACAUAGUGCUUUUUCCUCUUGCCCUUCAGCUUGUUUGAAUUUCACAAUUAUGUAUUUAAUUCUCAAAGAAAUAUGUAUCUGUAGCCGUUUAUUGACACUAAUACAGAUGAUUAAGGAAAACAGCUGAUCUUGGGGGAAGGGGCGCUACCAACACCUCUCACACACACACACAC